GGCGACCCAAACACAAACCAACCAGCACGACUCCUGAAAGCCUGAUCGCACUCCACUGACCGCCUCACCUCCUCUGGAGGAGACCAAAAGGCCGAGCACACCAGCACCAACCCAGAACAGAGAGAGAGAGAGAGAGAGAGAGAUUACUAAAAGGCUCGCGAGCAGGUUAGUCAAAACGUACUUGUAGCUCGCGCCGGCAGCCCGGCACCAAUCACCGGAGGACAGCGCUUCCCUCUCCCUGCGUGGCUAUAUCUUCUUCGACAGUGGGAGAGACAGAGAGAGACAACACCCACACGCUCGGGAUCGGAGAACGCGCACAGGCACUUUCCAUCCCCCGAUCAAAUCGUCAUCAUGUGCAACGCCGCCGGGACAGAUUCCUUGCCGGCGCCGGCGCCCCCGCUCGGCUCUCUCAAGGCCUCCGCGCACCAGCUCCUCCACCCCGUCGACGGCGACCAAGCCAACGCCCAUGCACUGCAGCUCUCCAAGGUGGCCGGCGAGGCUCGGGCGAUCGGCAGGGUGUCGGUGCCGAUGGCGGUCACGGGCCUGGUCAUGUACUCACGGGCUCUCAUCUCCAUGCUCUUCCUGGGCCGCCUGGGCGAGCUGGCGCUGGCCGGCGGCUCGCUGGCGCUUGGCUUCGCCAACAUCACCGGCUACUCCGUGCUCUCGGGGCUGGCGCUCGGCAUGGAGCCCAUCUGCGGCCAGGCCUUCGGCGCGCGCCGCGGCAAGCUGCUGGCGCUGGCGCUGCACCGCACCGUGCUGCUGCUCCUCGCCGUGGCGCUGCCCAUCUCGCUGCUGUGGGUCACCUCCACGGGGCACGUGCUCAAGCUGCUGGGGCAGGACGAGGGCGUGGCGGACGCGGCGCAGACGUUCGCCGCGUACGCGUCGGCCGACCUCGCGGUUCUGGCCGUCCUGCACCCGCUGCGCGUCUACCUCCGGUCGCAGAACCUGACGCUGCCCAUCACGGCGUGCUCCCUCUUCUCCGUGCUGCUGCACGGGCCCAUCAACUACCUCCUCGUGGUGCGCCUCCGCAUGGGCGUCGCCGGGGUGGCGCUCGCCGUGGCGCUCACCGACCUCAACCUGCUCCUCGCGCUCCUCUGCUUCCUCGCCAUCUCGGGCGCGCACAGGGACUCCUGGGUGGGCCCCACCCUCGACUGCCUCUGCGGCUGGCCGGAGCUGCUCCGCCUGGCGGUCCCCACCGCCACCGCGGUCUGCCUCGAGUGGUGGUGGUACGAGCUCAUGAUCGUGCUGUCGGGCCUCCUGGCCAACCCGCGCGCCACCGUGGCGUCCAUGGGCAUCCUCAUCCAGGCCACGUCGCUCGUCUACGUGUUCCCGUCCUCCUUGGGCCAGGGCGCGUCCACGCGCGUCAGCCACCAGCUCGGCGCGGGCCGACCCGCGGGGGCGCGCCGCGCCGCCGGCGCCGCCCUCUCCAUCGGCGUCGGCGUGGGCCUGGUUGCCGCCACCUUCAUGGUGUCCGUGCGCAGCCACUGGGGACGCAUGUUCACGUCGGACGCGGACAUCCUCCGCCUCACGGGCGUGGCGCUCCCCAUCGCGGGUCUCUGCGAGCUCGGCAACUGCCCGCAGACGGCCGGCUGCGGCGUCCUCCGCGGCAGCGCCCGCCCGGGCAGCGGCGCGCGCAUCAACCUCGCCUCCUUCUACCUGGUGGGCAUGCCGGUGGGCGUGGCGCUGGCAUUCGGCGCCCGCCUGGGCUUCGCCGGCCUAUGGCUCGGCCUCCUGGCGGCGCAGGCCGCGUGCGCCGUCUGGAUGGCGCGCGCGGUGGCCGCCACCGACUGGGACGUGGAGGUCGGACGCGCCAAGGAGCUGACCAAAGCGACCGCCAGCAACAACCACAGCGAGUGCAACAGCAGCAGCAGCACCUCCGCGUCUAGUGAUAUAACCACUGUGAUCGCCACUAGCAACAGCGCCGCCGGGUGCAAGAACAACGGCUACGUGCCAAUCAGCGAGCGCUGCAGCAACGACAGCGAGCUGGAGAAACUGGAGGAGGGCCUCAUGAGCAGCGACGACAUCCCUAGUGCCAGCGUCAGCGGGAGCGCGUCUGCUGGUGACACCGGUGCCGUGGUUAGGGAGAACCGCGGCAGCUGCUGCAAUGACAGUGGCGCUGCUGGUACGGCGGCGACGACGGAGGGAAAGGAGCAGAGGAGGGGCGGAUCGGAGCGGGGCCCGCUCAUCAGUGUGUCGGACGGGGAGCACGAUGGCGACGGCCGUGGAGGUGGCGGCCAGGUCUAAUUAAGCGCGUGUGAUGUGCGUCCAUCAAUCCAUUUAUUAUCUUUUGCUGUUGACUUAGCUUGGAUCCGCCUCCAUUUAAUCUCUCCUUGUUUCCUGAAUUAACUGGGGCGAUCGAGGUUUAAUUUUGUGAAAAAAAUAGUACUAGAGACCGGGAAAGAGGAUUAUAUUUUGCUAUCUA